GUUGGUGGUGCCGUUGGUGGUGCCGUUGGUGGUGGAGGAGGUGGAGGUGGUGGUGCCGUUGGUUGUGGCGUCGGGUUGAGGGUGCUGAUCUCAAUUGCUGCAUCGUUUCCGGACAGAGAGAGAUAAGUUAUGAAAACGUCUGUGUUUGAAUUCCUGAAAUUUGUUAUUGUGUGGGUUUCGCCGAUGCCAAGUGACGCAACUUGCCAGCUUCUCCCAUAAGAAUUAGGAUCACCCGAUUCCUUCUGAAGAACAGUCACUUCGUUGAUAGAUGUAGUUGUACCUGAGUUGAUACCAACAGCUUGGUUGUAUCCGAUAUAAUAAUCUGUUCCGCUGGUUUCUCCGUAUUCGAUGAGACGCAUUGUUACAAUCUUGUUCGGGGAGCUUCCAUCAGUACUGUAGUAGUUGAUGCCGUUCAAGAUAUAUGUUUCGCGGUUGUUUGAUAGAGCAAGAGGAUUGAUUGCUAUUCUCUGAUUAUUGUACCAUCCCAAUUGAUAGUUUUUUGCAGCAUUGAAACAUUGGCGAGGGUAAUCAUCAUAGAAAUAGGAAUAUCCCAUCAUGCCAGAAGUAUCGCCAUAUUCGUCUCCUCCUCUUCCACUGUGACCCAAACCCAUGUUAUGACCAACUUCGUGAACUAAGGCGGACAUACUUGAACAAAAAUUAUCGUUGUAAUAUGAUUGGUAACCAUAUACCGCAGCAAAUGCGAGCCAACUUCCGGUUCCGGGAGGCAGACAGUAGAGAACGAGAUCAUAUUGGGAAGCUCUAAAUUGUCUUUGUGCCGCUCUUUCCGUGGCAUAUAGUACUGCAUUUAAACCUGAAGUAACAGGAAUGUCAAGAGUAACAUCCACGACCCCACCAGUACCGACGCCAGCGGGUUGGAUGGUGACCUGGUUGAAAGAGCAUUCUUCGUAUCGUGUCUUCAAACACUGAUUAUCCAAAAAUAUGUCAUUCUGCAAUUGCGUAACACUGGAUUGUGCUGCACCGUUACUAUCUAUGACACGAACUACCAAAACAUUUUGCGUGCCUAAACUUGAUGCAAGUCGACGGCGAUGUCUCAAGUCCUUUUCGGCAAUCUUUUCAACUAUCACCGUUGCUUCACUCGGCACAACCAUUGUCACUUCCGAAGUAGUGAGGGACUGCUCGAUGAUUGCCCCUUGUACCUUCAUGAUAUAAUGUCCCGAGAUAGCCCCAGACAUGUUGAUGAACUCUUGCGAAACGCCUUCAAAGUUACAUACCAACGAUCCAAUCUCCAACGACUCCGCUAUACUGUCAGGAAUUUCGCAACACCAAGUUUCCUCGUCGUGGUUUUCGUAUUCAGUCAUCUUCAGGUACAAAACAAAAGAAUCGUAGGCUUCAAUGAGCUGGCGGCGGUGAUUGUGUUCGUUUGCAACGACCUCUCGUUGACGACGAGCGAAAGCAAGCUGGAUCCAGUUUGCGGCGACGUAUGUAGCUGCGAGAAUCGCGAUCCUGUUCAAAUAAGCCAUGAUCGAUCAAUGAUGGAGAUCCAAUAAUACUCAGCCAUGUAUGUUUCCUUCAGUACGUAUGAUCCGCCGAAUGGUCGUUGUUUGUCGGGGAUGCCGAAUUAAAUUAUAGGGUUAUUU